AUGGAGGAGGACAACGGAGAGGAGGUGACGGUGGAUGACAAGCUGAACCUCAUGUCGCAGGACGCAUGGCCGCUCUAUCGCUACCGGUGGUGGCUGCGUGAGUACUUCUCGGAGUUCUUCGGCACCUUCUUCCUGAUCUCCUUCGGCGACGGUGUCUGCGCCACGAUGCUGUUCCACGCCGGCGACACCGCUGCCAGCCAGACCAACGCGAGUUGGCUCGGCAUUACCUUUGGCUGGGGCAUCGGGCUUACCAUCGCACUCUACGUGAGCAUGGGCGUCUCUGGCGGGCACUUGAAUCCCGCGGUGACCUUGGCGAACUGCGUCUUUGGUGCGUUUCCGUGGAGGAAGGCCCCCGGGUUCAUUCUUGCCCAAAUCCUUGGCGGCAUGGUGGGCGGCGCCAACGUGUACGCGCUCUUCAAGCCGUUCUUUGACAAGGGGGAGCAGAACCUGCUGCCCGGCGAGACCAUGACCACGAAGUACGGCGGCAUCUUCUGCACCUACCCCGGCGUGCCGAACGGGUACGCCGUGUGGAGUGAGCUGUUCAACACGAUGGCGCUGAUGAUGGGCAUUCUUGGCAUCAACGAUGACCGGAUGACGCCCGCCAUCAACUUCAAGCCCUGCGCGGUGGGUGCGCUGGUCUUCUGCAUCGGUCUCACCACCGGUGUGAACUCCGGCUAUGCCAUCAACCCGGCGCGUGACCUUGGCCCGCGUAUGAUCACGGGAAUGCUGUGGGGCUCGGACCCGUUCACCGUCCACCACCACUACUUCUGGAUUCCGAUGUUCUGUCCCGUCUUCGGCGCCAUUAUUGGUGCGUUCUUCUACGUUCUCUUCAUCGUCCCCAAGGGCGUUUAGUGUGCUUUGCUGCUUCUGCAGUGUCCAUCGACGCGAUGUCUCACCGUGGAUGCGUUUCUUUCUCCCCCUCUCCGCAUGAAAGAGCGUUCUUCUUUUGCUCCGUCUUGAUCUUCUCCCUUGCUCAUCAAAAACAUCACGUUGAAUUCAUCGCUAACCGGUAGCCCGUAAUUUCUUUCCUUGCUGCUUUGCAGCCAUAAAACGUGUUUUUAACGCUACCGCUCUCUCUCUGAUUUGAGUGCGCUUUCUUUCUUUUCCUUGGAAACAUUGUUGUGAGAGCGAAGGACUCCUGCAGCGGCCGACAUGUGUUGGUAUUGCUCUGUCCAGAACUACCGGGCUAUUGUGUUGUGACCUGGCAGCGAUCGAAACUGCUGCUCCACACCAUCAAUGGCAGCACUGGUGAAGCAGCUCGCAGCACGUCUUUCUCACAUCGACCACAUUAAUAACGAUGCUAGUAGAGCAAAUAAGCACGUGUGCCUUCGGUGUACUCACAAUAACUCUUUUUUUUCUUUUCUGUUUUUUGUUCUUGUGUUUUUUCUCCUCUCCUUUUCCUUUUCUGAGAGCUUGCGCCAGGAAAAAUUCGCCGGGAGAUGAAUCGAAACUUCAUGUUGUACUACUAUCCCUUUCUCUUCUCUCCUCUCCAGUCGACCUCUCUCCAGGAAAGGCUGUUUUCUUUUUUCCCACCGUCCCGCCCCUUUUCCAACCCCACAAGGUGGAAAUGCUGUCGAUCUGAGUCUGCAAGAAACUCCAUUUCGUAAAGUUCUAUUUGGUUCAAAAAUAAAUAUAAAAAGAAAAUAAAGCCGUCUACCCUUAAAGGAAAAUGAAAACGAUACAGGGAUGUAACGACACUGUUUUGCACUUUAUUGAUCUUUCUCCUUUCUCCUUUCUUCUUCCUUCCUUCCUGAUCUGAGAGUAGUCGACUAG